GAUGUUCCAGAACCUGGAUGCAGUGACUUAUAAUGAUGUGCAUGUGAACUUCACUGCAGAAGAGUGGAAUUUACUGGAUCUUUCCCAGAAGAAUUUGUACAAAGAUGUGAUACUUGAGACCUACCGAAACCUCACUGCUAUAGGUUACAGUUGGGAAGAUCAUCAUAUUGAAGAACAACCUCAAAGUUCCAGAAGGCCUGAAAGUGAGGAAGCUUCGAAUCUUGGCUAAGCCCUUCCUAC